UAUAUAUAUAUAUAUAUAUAUAUAUACACAGAUACAUAAUAAAAUACACACACACACGCUUACAGAAAAUUUAAGUUCGAACUUCCGAUGAAAUAAUAUUAAAAUAUAAAUAAAUGAAAAAUAUGCGUUGUUUCCUACGUUUUACUCGCGUCUCAUUAUAAAGUAUGAUAAUUAAUACAAUUUUAAUCUACUUGGUCAUAAAGAUAGCAUUUAUAGUGUCAGCGAUCAUGAAAGUAAAAAAAAGAAACUGUCUGACAAUGAAUUUUGUUUAGAAACUGAUAACAAUGAUAAGGAUGAUUUAAAAUGUUCAGAUGCUCUCGUCGCUGAGAAAAUUCUAAUCGUCAGUUUAAUUCAGUGACUCUCUUGAAUGGUAAAUUAUACUUUGACAUGGACUUCGUUGUUAGUAAUGAAAAUAAUCGAAAAAAGAUUACAUUGUCUUGGGAAAAUGUAACGGUUAGCAUAAAUGAUCAAAAACAAACGUUUCUACAAUCUGUUUGGUCUAAUAUUAGAAGAAAAUCGCGUAUUAGAAGAUUAGAAAUAUUAAAGCAAGUGUCUGGUUAUGCGGAAAGUAAUAACAUGAUUGCUAUAAUGGGACCAAGUGGCGCUGGAAAAACUACUUUGUUAAGUACGAUUGCAAAAAAAAUUCAACCGAGUUGUGGUAGUAUCAAAAUUAAUGGAUUAGAUGUUUCUAAUAUUGUUAUGUCGCAAAUUUCGAGUUACAUGGAUCAAUGUAAUGAAAUAUCUAUUGAUCUUACGCCUAGAGAACAUCUUUUGUUUAUGUGUGCAUUAAAAAUGGAUAAAAACACGAGUUAUCGUGAAAGAAGUGAUAGAACCAAUAAACUUUUAAAUGAAUUUGGAUUACAUGAAUGUAAAAAUAACUUAAUAACAAAAUUGUCAGCUGGCGAAAGGAAACGAUUAUUUCUAAUCUCGGAAUUGGUUGCUAGACCUAAAAUUAUUUUUUUAGAUGAGCCUACAACAGAUCUUGAUAGUCUCACCGCGAUGAAUGUUGUACAAAUGUUAAAAUCAAUAUCAAUGAAGGAUACUUUGGUCAUUUGCACUGUUCAUCAGCCAGGAAUGGCAAUGUAUAAUUUAUUUACACAUAUUGUUUUAUUAGCUGACGGCAGAAAUAUUUUUUCUGGAAGUAUUAAAGAUCUCAAGCCGUUUUUUGAAAGUUUAGGAUUUAAAUGUCCAGUUGGCAUAGAUCAAUCGGAAUACCACAUUAGUAUUUUAUCUCAACAUGAUUCAAUGAAAUCGACCGAAGAACAAUCUUUAAAAAUAUCCGAAGCAUUUUUACAAUCAUCUUAUUACAAAUUACCUGCCUUUAACAGAGAUUCCAAAGAAAAGAUACAAUCGAAUUUAUGCAAUAAACCAGGACAAUUGAAACAACUUUUUUGGUUACUCUGGAGAAUUUAUAAAAAAAAAAAGAGGACACUUUUUUCUGAUAAUUUAUCAUGGAUAUCUUUUUCGAUAUCUAUGAUAGUCGUAAGUGUAUUUUUUUAUGGUAAUAAUUCUAAUACGCAGAAAGGAAUGCAAAAUGUUAGAGGAGCAUUAUAUCUAAUGACGUCUGAAAUAAUAUUUACGGUUGCUUAUUCGGUAAUAUACGAAUUACCAUCAGAUAUAAUUAAUUAUCUUCGUGAAACUUCGAUCUAUGGUCCAGGUGUUUAUUACAUUGCUACUUUUAUUGGAUUGAUACCAAAAUCUAUAAUAAAAUCAUUUAUAUUUACAUUAUCAAUAAUUUUGACAUUGCAUAAUAACAUUCAUUGGAAUGAUAUUUCAUAUUAUUGUCUUGCAAUGGCGUUAGGUGCAAUUUGUGGUACUGCUUAUGGUAUGAUGAUGUCAAGUUGGACACUGAAUGUUAAUUUAACGUCAAUGAUUAUGGUACCAAUCGAUAUGUUUUUUCUUUUAACUGCUGGUAUGUUUUAUAAUUUGAGAAGUUUACCAAUUUUUUUGGGAUAUAUAAAAUAUUUGUCAAUAUUUUAUUAUAUCAACGAAUGUCUUUCAAUACUCUAUUGGUCUCAAGUUGAUAAAAUUGAAUGUGAGCCAGACGAACGAUUACCAUGUUUAAAAAAUGGAACGGAAGUUUUAUACGAGUAUGGUUAUAAUGAACUCAACUUUAUCUUGGAUUUAUGUGGAAUGAUACUCUUAACAAUCUUUAUGUGUAUCGUUGGAUACUUCGGAAUUAAAAGAAGCAGGAGAAUAAGUCUUUUAUCUUAAAAAAAAAAAGAAAGAAAAACAGACAUAUUAAAAAAAGUAAGAUAACUAGCAUUAGCCAAAUACGAUGUAAUUUAUUAGAAUUAAUUUGUUGAUUGGGUAUGUAAUUGUAACAGUCAAGUUUUACAUUAAUUUUAUUCUUUUUUCUGUAUAAUUGUUAUUAUUUAAAAUUAUACAUAAUUCACAAGGAUGA